GUCCAAAAGCGUCGUCAAAGCGAGGUGGCUCGCCGUGUCCACUCCCCGCCCACCACCGCAUCAUGUGGCCUCCUCCUCAACUGAAUCCCCCCGCCUAGAUUCCUAAUCCCCUCCCCCAAUCCCGGCCCGACAACCACGCCCACGGCGGAAUCCCAUUCCGAUUCCUCCCGCCCCUCGCCCUUCCGGGCCUUCCCCUCCCCCUCCCCGCCGUAGGUGGGGGGCUAGGGUUUGCGACACCGCCGGCCUCCUCCGACGCGGCAGCGGCCCCCCGGCGCCCGGAUGCUAUGCUGCUGAGCUGCAGGUCCCUCGCCACCUGGGUGCGCCGCCUCGUCGCUUGCAUGGGGUGCGUGCGCCCCCCCGCUCCCUCCCUCGUGAUUCUUCAAGGUUGCUUUGGUUGCUGUGCUAAGCCAACUCCUAUAACUGCCGUCGACGAGCCUUCCAAGCGGUUGAGGAUCCAGGGGCGCUCUGUGAGGAAGGCUAGCUUGUCGGAGGACUUUUGGAGCACGAGCGCUCAUGAGGUGGAGAACAGCGGGAUCCAAUCGCAGAGGAGCAUGUCUUCGAUCAGCACGGUCGCGCAGUCCAGCGAUCAGCAUGGUGCAGGAAGUAGCAGCAAUCCAAAUGAGUUUGUAAAUCAAGGUCUCAUGCUCUGGAACCAGACCAGACAACAGUGGGUUGGAAACAAAAAACGCCACUCUCGAUCUCAACAGCUUCGAGAACCAAAAUUAAGUUGGAACGCAACAUGUGAGAGUCUGCUAGGGAGCAACAAGCCAUUCUCCCAACCAAUACCUCUUGGUGAAAUGGUAGAUUUGCUUGUGGACGCUUGGGAGCAAGAAGGCCUGUACGAUUAGGCCAGUGAAGUUCAUUGUUUGACUCAGAUUAAUCUCUUAAUUGUAUUCAGAACUUUAGAUGCACAAAAAGCUCUAGGUUCUUGAACGCAUUACAUUUCCUGAGCUCGAUAGUUUAUCAUGAAACAAGGCAGCAUCCUUAUAUUAAUCAAUUGUAAUAUAUUAUUCCCGUCAAGCGAAUGAGAUCAUUUGAUGAUAUUGUACGUGGUGCUUCAAUUGAAAACAUGUUGGGAGAGAUAAACUUGACUCGUGUAACCUGGAGACUGAAUAAAAACAUGGAAAUUGACAUUUGUA